CCUGCCUCCACCUCCUGAAGGCUAGAAUGACAGGUGACACUGUGGCAGGAAUUCAGCUCACGGCUUUGUGCGCCCUGGGCAAGCGCUCCAUCAUCUGAGCUUCUCAAAGGAAGCCACCCAGUGUAAAGGAAAGAGCGCACCUCAGGGACGCGGAGCGGUAGGUGUCUCGGUGGCUAGGAGCUGCGCUGCUCUUGCAGAGGACCUGCCCUGGGUGGCACGCAAUUGUAACUCCAGCUCCAGGACAGUCCAGUGCUUCUGGCCUCCCAGGACACCUGCAGUCACGUGCGCACACAAGCGCGCGCGCGCACACACACACUUUAAAAUAAUAAUAAAAAGAUAAAUCUUUAAAGGAAGAGCGUGCCGCAGAGAAGCAGGAGCGCUGUGCUCUAAUUCUGGUUUCAGUGGUGACAAGCCUUGGGCAUCAGUUUAACUGCAUUAAGGCUCAGUUUUUCCAAACAGAAAGCGGGAACAGCCUCUCCCUUCUGCACGGGGGAGGGGACAUUUGAGGUCAGUCAUGUGUAACACUUUGAUCUUUGUAGUUGUUUUUGAAAGAGGUCCCAAAGGCCAUUGGUGGAGCCGAUGGUUUUUGAGCAGAGCCUGGUCUCCUGUGCCUUGGGGUCUCUGGCCACCUCGAGAUUUGUGGUAGACCCAAAGGGUGUGAGUUGUCCGACCGUGCACACUCGGACUCUUGUAAUCAUUGUCCCCUGGGGAAGUUUAAGCAACCACUCAGACUCGUGGCUUGUUGGAACUGGAAACGCAGCUCAGAACCGUGGCUUGUUUUAAAAUUCUGGUUCCAAAGCUCAGUCUAUCCCGGGAGGUCAAGACAAGAGGAGUUGAAAAUAAUCUUAGAAUUGUUCCCAUACAGCCAGGAUCCCUAAGGGUGAUGCUGGGAACCUCUGGUGAGAUGAAAGGGAGAAUUGCUUUGCAAGAGUGAACACAGCCUGCGUUUCAUGCUUUCGCAGAAGGUCAGGACAGGAAAGCAGACGCUUCUCCCUGUGAGCCUGUCCACGUUCCCUCAAGAUAGCAUUACGAACAACCCACCCCGUCAUCUACCUGCCUUAGUGAACACCUUCCACGGUCGGGACCUUGGCGCAUCGCAGGGCAGAAGUGUAACCCACCUGCUACACCAGCCCCACUGAAGAGCAAAGGCUCACCCCAAAAUCCAGAACCACUCGGCUACUGUGACUGUGUCUCUCUCAGAGGCUUAAGAGUCCUAGACAACUUACGAGGCAAGAGACAGGCACGCAUACAGAUCUUUUUAGGAUGGACAUAGAAGACUGCAAUGGCCGCUCCUAUAUGUCUGGAAUCCACGCUUCCUGGAAGGUGAGUGGCUGGGCUCACCCCUGCCUGCCACCGAGACGCAGACAUGCACACACCACCCGCACUCCCUCGCCGUUUCCAAGGCGGCGGCCGCGUUCGCACCCCAGGGUCUCACCGGCAAGGGAAGGAUAAUCUGGAGAGGGAUCCCUCAGGAGGGUGUGUUCCGGAUUUCUUGCCUCAGGCCCAGGACUCCAACCAUUUUAUAAUGGAAUCUUUAUUUUGUGAAAGUAGCGGGGACUCAUCUCUGGAGAAGGAGUUCCUCGGGGCCCCAGUGGGGCCCUCGGUGAGCACCCCAAACAGCCAGCACUCUUCGCCCAGCCGCUCACUCAGUGCCAACUCCAUCAAGGUGGAGAUGUACAGCGAUGAGGAGUCGAGCCGACUGUUGGGGCCAGACGAGCGCCUCCUGGACAAGGAUGACAGCGUGAUCGUGGAGGACUCCUUGUCGGAGCCCUUGGGCUACUGCGACGGGAGUGGACCAGAGCCUCACUCCCCUGGUGGCAUCCGGCUGCCCAAUGGCAAGCUCAAGUGUGACGUCUGUGGCAUGGUCUGUAUCGGCCCCAACGUGCUCAUGGUUCACAAGCGCAGCCACACCGGGGAACGGCCCUUCCACUGUAACCAGUGCGGGGCCUCCUUCACACAGAAGGGGAAUCUGCUGCGUCACAUCAAGCUGCACUCCGGCGAGAAGCCCUUCAAAUGUCCCUUCUGCAACUAUGCCUGCCGCCGGCGUGACGCGCUCACCGGCCACCUCCGCACACACUCAGUCUCUUCUCCCACAGUGGGCAAACCCUACAAGUGCAACUACUGCGGCCGGAGCUACAAGCAGCAAAGCACCUUGGAGGAGCACAAGGAACGGUGCCACAACUACCUGCAGAGUCUCAGCACUGAAGCCCAGGCUUUGGCUGGCCAGCCAGGUGAUGAAAUGCGUGACCUGGAGAUGGUGCCUGACUCGAUGCUGCACUCAUCAUCUGAGCGGCCAACUUUCAUCGAUCGCUUGGCCAACAGCCUCACCAAACGCAAACGCUCCACCCCACAGAAGUUUGUAGGCGAAAAGCAGAUGCGCUUCAGCCUCUCAGACCUCCCCUAUGAUGUGAACCCCGGCGGUGGCUAUGAAAAGGAUGUGGAGCUGGUGGCGCACCAUGGCCUAGAGCCUGGUUUUGGAGGUUCUCUAGCCUUCGUGGGUACAGAGCAUCUGCGUCCCCUCCGCCUCCCACCCACCAACUGCAUCUCGGAACUCACGCCAGUCAUCAGCUCUGUGUACACCCAGAUGCAGCCCCUCCCCAGCCGCCUGGAGCUUCCAGGGUCCCGAGAAGCAGGUGAGGGACCCGAGGACCUGGGAGACGGAGGUCCCCUCCUCUAUCGGGCCCGAGGCUCUCUGACUGACCCUGGGGCAUCCCCCAGCAAUGGCUGCCAGGACUCAACCGAUACAGAGAGCAACCACGAAGAUCGGAUUGGCGGGGUGGUUUCCCUCCCUCAGGGUCCCCCACCUCAACCUCCUCCCACCAUAGUGGUGGGCCGGCACAGUCCCGCCUAUGCCAAAGAGGACCCCAAACCACAGGAGGGGUUAUUGCGGGGCACCCCGGGCCCCUCCAAGGAAGUGCUUCGGGUGGUGGGUGAGAGCGGCGAGCCUGUGAAGGCAUUUAAGUGUGAACACUGCCGCAUCCUCUUCCUGGACCACGUCAUGUUCACCAUCCACAUGGGUUGCCAUGGCUUCAGAGACCCUUUCGAGUGUAACAUCUGUGGUUAUCACAGCCAGGACCGGUAUGAGUUCUCUUCCCACAUUGUCCGGGGGGAGCAUAAGGUGGGCUAGCGACCUCUUUCCCCUCACCUGCCCGCAGCCCGCCAUCCACUGCCCCACUACAGGUGUCUAGCCAGAUUCCUAUUACACCCACUGGCCACCUCACUUCACACCUGACUCUGACCCUCUUCGCCGGUUCCCUUCUACCCUGACUGAUUUAAGCACUGCGACAAGACCAGUCUUUUGCUUCUAUUUCUCCUUCUAAACCCCUCUCUUCCUGGCAUAUUUGCUGUUUAUUAAUGACUUUUCCUUGGCUUUUGAAGACUUAGUGCGGUCUCUGGCCACUCCUUCACUCUACGGCCUGUAACGCCCUUGUUUUUUUUCUUGUCGAUCCCACAUCCUCUGACAGCCCCAGGGCCUGGAAGCUCCUCUCUGUACUAAGGGACUCCGAGCUUCUUGCUUUAAUCCGUACCCUUACUUAUCCGACUCUUUGGAUGUUGAUACCUCCCAGCGGCCCACCUGAGCUCUCUGGCAUUCUUAUCUCCUCUCUGGGACCCUCCGACCUGGUACUUCAUACCUCUUGUGCCCUCUCACUUUAGGCAGCUUGCACUAUUCUUACACGAACGAAGAAUUUUCUCAUUGGAAGUAGGAGGGCUGUAGAAACUCUCCAGGAACUGUGGACUGAGGGUCCUCUUGACCUCAUCUGGGAAUAUGAGCUCCCUAAAGCCUCCAUUCAGGAUCUCCCUCUCUCUGGCUCACCCCCCACCACACCACUCUGGUCUCAACCUGCCAGGUCCCUCACUGGUGGCUUUUCUCUUCUUGGAAUGCCCCCAUUUUAUACUCUCAGGGGCUAAAGCUAGGUCCGCAACCCUGCCUGACACAGGGAGCCUAGCUGAGAACCAGGGCACAGGAAAGGGGGUGGGUAGAAGUCUCUCCUCCACCCUUCAAACUUGUUCACUCCAGUGACCUUCCUCGGCUCUCAGGGACUCCUGCUGUCCCCGUUGUAUGAGAAACUGGUGGGUUGCUGCCCAGCGACCAGGGGCUCAGCCCCAUCCGUCACGCUGCCUUUUCCUCUCCCUUCCAGCAGGAUCCACCAUCUCAUUCCCAGGCUCCUGGGCCCUCUUAUUAUCAGUGGCAGGGAGAAAGGAAUGUUUCUUUUCUCCCUGCUAAUUUUCAGUGUAACCAAAAAUUGUCCCAGGAUGAAUGACAUGCAUGUGCCCGUCGACCAAUCCACCCUUGUUCUAGCAAGAAUGGUAUGGACUCAGCUAGCUGGGAGCCAUCCUUCACUGCCCUUCCAUGCUCGGCCCCCGACACAUGGCACGAGGGCGCUCUUCUCUGGUGGUUGCAGAGCCCCUGGCUAUCUGGAUAAUCGAGGAUUCAUGAGACCAUGCAGGAGAAGUCAUAGCCCCACUGCACGUCUCUCUCUAUAAAGAGUUCCCUGCCAAGGCCACAGCCAUCCCAGUCUCUGCUUCUUUGAGAUUCAAACCAAAGGCUGUUUUUCUAUGUUUAAAGAAAAUAAGAAAAAAAAAGUAGAAACCAAACACAGCACCUCAUAAGUUAUAAGUCUUGGUCUUCUCUUCCUCUCUCUCCCUUCCCCUCCAUCUUUCUUUCCACAUGUCCUUCCUUGGUUGGCUCUUUUGCCUCUCUCUACUUUUCUCAUUCCCUAUUAGGGACAUGGAGAGGCAUGAGAGGGUUGGCUAGAUCAGAUCCUGGGACUGGGGCUCUUAGCCUUCUGGAGAUGCUACUCUCCCCAUCAUGAGAAGGGUGGGAUGGAAAAACUUCCUUUCUUCCCUUCUUCUCCUGUGUUACCAUGGCUUCCCAGAAGGGCCAGACUGGCAGGGAGGAGCUUUGUGGGGUGGUUCUUCCUCCUUGACAAAGUAGCAAUAAACAGGUGCUGCCAAAGGUGGAGCCUGGGGUGCGAGCUCCCAAGGGAGUGGUCCCAAGAGAAGGGAAGGGUCUUUGCAACCAACCUUGGAACGGCAGCAGAGCUGAGGUUAGCAUCUGAGCGUCUCCUGUGCUGUUCUGGCUACUGAGCCUCUUCCCACUAGACCUGCUCCCACCACUUCUGUGUCUGCCAUGUACCUGGGGAUACCUCAGAAGGACUAGUUCCUCUGGGGCAUCAGAGCCUUUCAGCGCCCCAUUUCCUCCCUUCCUCAGUCAGCCUUAGCACCUGUAAACCCCAGAAACCUGAAGGACUAUGCUCCGAGGCUGUACUCUGUGCCCCCAAAAGCAGAGAUGGGAGGACAAGACCAGGUGCUAGGGAGGAGAGAGACACCCCGUCUCUCUCCAGCCCAUCACUGCACUUUAACCAGGGUCUUAGGUACAAAAUCCUACUUUCCAGAGCCUUCCAGCUCUGGACCCUCAAACAUCCUCAUGCUCUCUCCCAGCUCCUUUUGCAUAAAAAAAAAAGUAAAGAAAAAAGAAGAAAAAUCAACAACAACAAAACACCAAAACCCACACAGAGAAAAAGAGGUGUUUUCUUUUUUAUUACUAUUCAAGAAAACAACACCACAAAAAAAGUGGGUGGGGGGGAGAAUUUCUAAAUAGACACUUUUCCAGACCUUUGUGUAUGUGUGUGUCAGUGUCUAAGCUGCAGGUGGAAUUUUGUAAUACUUCUGGCAGCUUCUUUCCUUGUGUAAAUAACAUAUAUAUAUAUAUAUAUUUUUAAUCAGAAAUUAUGAAGAUCAAAAAUAGAAUAAACACAGAAGCAAGUGCAAUACCACCUCUCCUCCUCCCCCAGGUUCCUUUGCAGCCUGUUUGGUGUCCCUUUUGACCCUUGCCCCUUCACCUCUUCUCUCUUCGUCCGGUUCUUAACCUAUCCUCCCCUUCCCUCUUUUUAAAGAGUUUUCUCCUUCCUCAAAAGGAGUUAAACCAGCUUUUGAGACUUCCUGCAAAGCAUUUUAUAUAUGUAAUAUACUGUAAGUAAAUAUUUGUGUAAUGGAGAAAUACUACUGUAAGUUUUGUACUGUACUGGCUGAAGGUCUGUUAUAAAUAAACAUGAGUAAUUUAACA